AUCUUGUGGCGUGAAGAAAAGAGGAAGGAAGGGAGAGGAAAAGGAGGAGAAGAAGAGAGGAGGAGAGAAAAGAAGGAAGGGAAGGGAGACUGAACUGAAGUGACUGCAGGUAAAGAGAGAGAGGAAGAGGCGAGGGAAAGGAAGGAACAGAAGUGUCAGCAAUUUGUGACCUGCCACUGUGCUCCUGCAGGGAUGAGUGCCCACUGUUUCUCGAGGUGGAGGACCAGUUGAGGACCAGCUCCAAGGACCUGGCGGGCCACGACCCCCGCUGUGAGAAGGUGAAAGAGAGACUCACAGAGAAGUGCCAGAAGAAGCAGGAAGCAAGGAGCCUCCGCAUCUCAGAGCUGCCCGGCCUCAACCCCUUCAUGCUGCCACCUCGCCUGCUGCACAAACCCGUGGGCGAUGCCGUGAGUGCCCUGCUGGAGCGUUAGUGUGCUGCCGCUGCCUACGCCCCUUGUCGCCGCACCUGCCGAGGCUGUAGACCAUUAAUCAGCUCGUGAUGCAAGACAUCCACAGCCCACCACCUCACUUCCUCCCUCACCUCCACAUGCGAUGCCUGCCACUCCCAUGGCUGUCCUCACCUCCAAGGCUAGAUUUGGCAGUGCUGCGGCCAGGGGACUGCCCGAGUGGCCCCACCCAAGUGGACUUCAUAGGUGAGUCUGACUAUAGCUACAAAUCUACAGGCCAGUGUUGGAACCCGGCCUGGGCAGUCAGCGUGCAUCCCAGCCAGCUGUUGGUCCUCCCUUUGGGGCUGGGGGAUAAAUGUGUACCUGGGGACACCUGAGAAGGUACACUGUGGUAACCUGGAUGUUACACUGGCCCUGUGUCCCGGGGUGCUGGGCUCCCGCCCCCCACAGGCUCUGGGGGCAUCAGUAAUCAGUCAGUUAGUUUGUCAGUUAGCCAGUCAGUCAGUCAAUCAGUCAGUUUGGAAACCAAUUAGUUAGCUAGCCAGUCAAGUCACUCAGUUUGUCUGUUAACCCUUUCAUGGGUAAACGCUCGCAGCGAGCGUUAGGCGUAUUUGCUGGUGGUGCUAAACGCUCGCUGCGAGCUCCAGCCGCACUCAAAUUUCCCGCAUAUGAGAGUGUUCCAACAGUAUUUCUCAUAACACAGGGUUGCCUAUUGAGUGGGUUCUCCACUAAAUUUGGUGGAAAAUCAUGUAAGAACAUAAGAACAUAAGAACGCAGGAGUCUGCAAGAGGCCGGUAGGCCUGUACGAGGCAGCUCCUUUGACCCUAAGCUCCCGUGUAUCUAACCCCACCUAAUAUCGCUGUCCAUGAAUUUAUCUAGUCUAUUUUUGAAUGUGACAAUUGUAUUGGCACUCACCACAUGACUGCUAAGCCUAUUCCACUCAUCCACCACCCUGUUAGUAAACCAAUUUUACAUCAGGAAUCACUUAUCUGCCGAAGUGAGCAUUCCACAUGAGAUACACUGCUGCUGCUGCGCCCGCCAGUUGGCUUGUUGCUCUCGCGCUUACCAGACGUCCCCUCUCAAGCCUGGCGGCCUUCAUCCCGUCAUCCAAAUUUGGAGCGGAAAGGCGUGCCACAGUCUGUUAUCCGUUUAGGAGCUGACUGCAACACCACCCGUCAUCCGUUUAGGAGCGGGUGCAUACCCAUUAGUGGGGGUUUUGGGGCUUACGGCCCUGUUGAUGAUAUCUUGCCUCCGUACUCUGAGGCGGCCAUGAUGUCGUCUUCUGAGCACGACUCUCGCUUGUCGGACGUGGAGGACGGCUCAGGACAUGCUAGUUCACACUCGAAGACGCACUCCUCCCGCAUGCAUUCCAGCAAGGGCCCCCGCACCUCGCAUCGGGAUAGUCCUCGAAGUGUUCGACGGCACGACUAUGUUGGCAAGCGCAGUGUUGGUGUGUCGGGGAAGGCGGCCAUUGAUGCUCACUCUGCUUGCUUCCCAUCUACUUCACGGGCUGCCGGCCAUCGUGAUGCUUCCCCUGUCCCACCCUGGAAUAUGGUUUUGGACGCUAUUGCUGAAUUACGGAGUGAAGUUAACGAGUUGAAAGCAGAUAAACAGUGUGGUGUUGGUGGUGGCGCUAACGGCGCACAUAACAGUGUAAACACCGACGCACCUCCCAGUGUAAACAACAGCCGGGCGGUGCUUACUCCCGCCCCUAUCUCGCCCGCCACAUUCUCUGGGUUUGCUGCCGAUGUACCUUACGUCUCUGGUGAUGACGAUGACAAGGAUUCAGUGCAUGAUCUACAAUCAGUAAGUGUCCUUCAGCGGUGUGCCGAGGUCUAUGGUCCCGUGGAUGCACUUGGGGCCGACAUUGAUGGGCGGGUGGCUGGCAUGGUGAAUCAUGUUUUUGACCACGGGCUGAGAGAGGAAGAGUACAAGGAAAUUCUAGAGGAUGACGCUAUCAAGAGACCCAGUAAUUGUGUAGCGUUGUCUCCAGUGGAAUGUAACGCUCAGAUCUUGGAUGCACUUAAACCUGACGCCAAGAAAACAGACCACCGUAUGAAGGGCGUUGGUAAGGACAUUGUCAUGGCAGCCACUAUCUUGACUAAGUCUCUCACUGUGUUGGACAGGUUUGCUCAGACUGGACAUCCACAAGUUGCCCAGGAAGUUGCUCUGCUUAAUGGUGCCCUCGGCCUGCUGGGGAAUGCUCACCAUAAAAAUAACCUGACGCGCCGGUUUAUCAUCAAAGAAAUCAAUCAGAAAUAUGCACACCUGUGUUCCGACAAGGUCCCCAUGACUCGAUUCCUGUUUGGCGAUGACGUCUCUCAAGCAGCAAAACACAUUGAGGAGGCGGAAAAAUUGAAGACAAAGUUCACCAACAAGAAACAGCUGCCCUCUACAUCAAGAUUUGCUGGAUGGAAGUCCAGAGGCUCACAAGGUAUCCCUGCUUACAAGGGGUUUGCCUCCAGGUUCCAGCCUUACGGGCAGCAUAUGUAUGGCCACAAGGGUAGGGACACAGGCUAUAUGGAGGCCGUCAUUGUCAAGCGCGUACCUUCAUUCGAGGAGGGACCAGAAACCCUUGCCAGGCUCACCGUCACGUCCAGGAACGUGGCGGCCAAACGUGCUGACCACAAGCCUCGGGUGACCUCAGUGAACACCGCCAUCCCUGCCGCCUACGUCACCACUUCGCUGCCAUCACACCACACAAAAUACACAAACAAAACCUACCAUGGCACAAAACCACAAAAGUAA